CUCCGAUCGAAGGGUUUGGCAUGCUUUUCCCCCUGGCAAACGUCUGGCCUGUGUGGAUGCUCGCCAAGGUCCCGAAGGGUGGAGCAUUUCCAAUAGAACCUGGUCCUCCGGUUCUACUCUGCUGCAACGGUCAACGGUCGGCGCAUGGCUCCGGUUCCUGGUUGAAUUGGGUAAGAUUGUCUCGGUGUGAACAGGGCUUUAUUUCCUCGGACUCCACUAUGUUGCCAGGAUUCUUAUUUAAGAGCUGACCAGCAUAUCUCUUCUGCUCUUCUUGAUCGUCAAACCACUUUCCUUUUUCUUUCUUUUUCUCUUCAGUCAUUCUUUUCCAACCUUUUACACUCUUUCGAUUAUGAAGUACACUACUGUUUUCGCCGCUGCCGCGGCGGUUCUCGCGAACACCGUCAGCGCUGGUGUCGUUGGUGCUGCCCAGGGUUUCGCCAAGGGCGUUACUGGUGGUGGCAACGCUGCUGAGGUCUACCCCAAGACGAACGACGAGCUGGUCUCUUACUUGGGUGACAGCGUUCCCCGUGUCAUUGUCCUUGACCGAACCUUCGAUUUCACCGGAACCGAGGGCACCGAGACUACCAGCGGUUGCUCUCCCUGGGGCACCGACGCCAAGUGCCAGAUUGCCAUCAACUUGCACGGUUGGUGUGACAACUACCAGCCCAACUCCCCCAAGGUCUCUUCCAUCACCUAUGACAAGGCCGGUAUCCUCGGUAUCACUGUCAACUCCAACAAGUCUCUCGUCGGAAAAGGAUCGGCCGGAGCCAUCAAGGGUAAGGGUAUUCGCAUGGUCAGCGGAGCCAAGAACAUCAUCAUCCAGAACAUUGCCAUCACCGAUCUCAACCCUCAGUUCGUCUGGGGCGGUGAUGCCAUCACCCUCAACGAUGCCGACCUCGUCUGGAUUGACCACGUCACUACUGCCCGCAUUGGUCGCCAGCACAUUGUCCUCGGUACUAAGGCCGAUAACCGCGUGACCAUCUCCUACUCCCUGAUUGACGGCCGCUCCGACUGGUCUGCUACCUGCAACGGACACCACUACUGGGGUCUGUACCUCGACGGCUCCAACGAUAUGGUUACUCUUAUGGGCAACUACUUCUACAACCUUAGCGGACGUAUGCCCAAGGUCCAGGGCAACACUCUCCUCCACGCCGUCAACAACCUCUUCCACAACAUCGACGGCCACGCCUUCGAGAUCGGCCAGGGUGGCUACGUCCUCGCCGAGGGUAACGUCUUCCAGAACGUUGGCGCCGUUGUCGAGUCUCCCAUCCAGGGCGGUCUCUUCAGCUCCCCCGAUGCCAACACCAACUCGCAGUGCCGCGCCGUUCUCGGCCGUUCCUGCCAGCUCAACGCUUUCGGUGGCUCCGGCUCCAUGAACGGUGCUGACACCAGCAUCCUCAGCAAGUUCCAGGGCAAGAACAUUGCCUCUGCCCGUGCUCCCAACAACAUCGCUUCCUGGACCAUGGCCAACGCCGGUGCUGGCCACGUUUAAGGUGCUUGUAUGAAGCGUUCGCGUGAGACUGUCGUGUGCAGUCUGUGUACUUCUUCUUUUUCUUUUUCUUCUUCUUCUCCGGGACUAGAUCUCGCUUUUUCUAUCUUUUUUAUUAUUUUGUUAUAUAUAGUUCAGCUUGCU